ACCCUCCGUCGCGCGUUCCCGGCAACGUACAGGUUUUGCCUCAGGGUGUUUACGUCACAUAAAACUUGCCAGACGUGCUUGUGACGCCGCCGUGGUGUGAUCUGCUCGCUCGUUCGUGCCCGACACUUUCCACAGAUCGUGUAUAGCGAGUUCACCGCUCGCCUGUGAGAUCGCCAGAGAGAUCGUCAGAAAUCUUCUUCAUUGAUCGUCAUCUCGUACCGCGCUUUGAGGUUGUGUGCAGUUGGUUUGUCACUUAAAACUGCAUUGUUGGAUUACCAAACGCAUGCUACAUUCUACAAUCAUCAUGACUUCAUUAACCUAAAGCUGAAUAAAUUUCACUACCUGCUGACGUCCUUCAAGUAAAUGACACCGGAAACGAAGAACCCAGAGUAGUCAAGAUCACCCUUGGUUUCCUGUGAAGACAAUUUAAACCUCUUGGUUUGGAUUUGUGAAUACACAUAAAGUGUCCCAAGCUGCUCCGAGCAGCUCUAAGGGGGAGGCUUAAGUCUGCUCCCCCAAGUAUGGAUGUUUAUGACAUCACAGGUCCCUGGGGCCGCCCAUUAUCCAAGUCAUUCAGUUUUGAUGAUCACACACAGAGAGAGAAGAACGGUUUCCCGCCCGUACCUGACAAAACACACGCUGUGCAACAGCUUUUGGCGCUUUUACCUACCAGGCCAGAUGUAGCAUUCCUUCGGACAGAUCCUCCAUUUUUGCUAAGGUUCCUGAGAGCAAAAAAAUUCAGAGUAGGAGAUGCUUUUCUCCUUCUGUGUCGGUACUUCGAGUAUCGUCAACAACACCGUGAACUAUUCCGCGGUCUGAACACAGGAAGUAGAAAUGAGAAUGGAGGUGAAAGCGCUAUCCAGAUGGCUCUCCUGGAUGGUCUUCCUGGAGUACUUUCUGAAAGAGAUCCCUGUGGACGUCCAAUCAUCAUCUUGUUGGCCAGUAACUGGGACCAUUCCAGGUAUGAUGUGCGCAUUGUGUACCAAGCUGUCUUGUUGACCCUAGAGCGCCUUGUUGAAGAGGAGGCAGUGCAGGCAGCAGGGGUUGUCGUGAUCUUGGACUGGUCCAAUUUUCCAGCUCGUUUAACUACCAGCCUUUCACCAAAGUUAUUAAGACUAAUGCUUGAUGGUUUACAGGAUGCCUUUCCUCUGCGUUUAUGCUCUAUGCAUCUUGUCAAUCAACCGUGGUAUGUUGAAGCAGCUCUUGGCUUAGCUCGACCCUUCAUGAAGGAAAAGCUGCGCUCAAGGAUACAUUUUCAUGGAAACAAUCUGGCAACACUCCAUGCACAAGUGCCACCAAGACUGUUACCAGCAGAAUUAGGGGGAGAGGGAGGAGAAUAUCACCCACACACUUGGGCAACCACAAUGCUUAACUACUCUCCAAAUAAGCCACAAGUUAACAAUAAAGUACUGCCAAGUAGAAAACCUACCAAUGAUCUCCAGUCCCCAUCCAGUCCAGUAUCUGUAAAUGCUAACUUCAAUGACUCAAGUACACCAGCCUCUUCAUCUCCCUCAGAUAAUCAAAGCAUUGGCAAGCCAUCAGAUUUGUCGGAUGAGUCUCCCACAAAGACCUCAACUUGGAAUUUUAAAAAUUCUACCUCUGGUGUGUCUCAGAAUACACCUUUAGUCAAUAAGAUUGGAAGUGAACCUAUAAUACCAAGUACCCUCUCAUCCAUACUUUUUGGAAGAAAGGAUUCCCAUAAAGUUGCAAAUGGAAAUAUCACAGAAGGUGAAGAACUAGCUCUGAAAGCUCAUUAGUUCUGAAUAAUUGGUGUUAACAUGGCAUUUUUAGGACCUGCAAACCUUGAUUUGCAUUUUUCUGUACAAGGAUUGCAUUCAAUGUCUAUUACAGCUUUAUUUUAACUGUGCUGUUGCAUGACACAAGAGCAAUCUUUGCCUUUCUGUAAUAUAUGGAAUGGUAUUAUUUCCAUACAUUUGUUAAUUGAUAAAUGGCCAAAUCUAGGAUAGGACAGUCCAUCUUCAAUAUCUGUUGUGUUUGCUGACGUUUUUUUAGCCAUCUGACCUUAUAACUUUACUAAGUACCAGCUACUGUUUGAGAAUUAGUUUUCACCACUAUUAGUCUAUGAAGUCUUCCUUGGAGACUGAUUCCUUGUACGUAUUUGGGUGUUCUUUACAUAAUGACAUCUGUAUAUCACUUAUGAAAGGGACUCCAAAAUAACACUGAAUGGGAAAGGGAAUUCAAUGUUAUUCUUGCCUUAGACGGGAGAUAUUUGUGUGGUAAAUGUUGUGUGAAGUUAGUUUCAGCAAUAGAAGCACAAAAUGAGGAAGUGAAAAAUGCACAUAAUAUACUGUGAUAACUAUUUCUUUUACUUUUAUGGUAUAUUAUUUGUGAUAUUACAGACUCAUGGAUUAAUAUGGACCCAAUAAGUUUUUAACCCUCAAGUGCUAGCCAUAAACAGACAUCUGUCGGCUUUUAAAGUUAUUGGUCAGCACUGCAGGAAAUUUAAUGUUAUUGAUCAGCACAGGGGGAAACUCUUAAUGGACAGUGCAGCAUUGAAAUACUGGCACCUUUAGAAGAAGAGCCUCGAAAGUUGGUUUUCUCAAUAAAAUUUUUUGUACUGGUACUUCAAUUGAUGUAAUGGCCUUCCUUAUGUGCUUGAGGGAACACAAAUAUAUACGUACUCUCGUUUAUAAAACAGAUGUAAAGCACAAUGUACCAAUUGAAAGAAGCAUUUGCAUUGUUUUUGAGGCCUGUUAAGUCCAAUUUGGAGAGAGAAAAAUACUGCUUAUUACCUUCCACUUGAAGAAACAUUAGUAUCAGUGGGCCAUGACAUUUUUAGUUUAGUCCCAGAAGCAAACGUAAGUACACAGAUUUGAUAACUGUCUGUGUUUUGAGGUGAAGAGAUGUUCUACUGACUUUACUGUAAGAAUUCCUUGUUCAGAAAGUUUCAUUAUAAUGUUCAGAUUAACUUUGUAAGCAGUAGUUUUGUGUAUCUCUUUACCUCAAGAAUAGUUUUAAAAUCAGGCCAAAGACUAGUCAAACAAUAAUGAAUUCCUUAGAAUUUUUUUUUUUUUUUUUUUUUUUUUUUUUUGGUAAGGAGUCCAUCUGUUUCUUUUCUUUGUCUUUUGAGCAAUUUUACAUGAUGUAUAUUUUAUUCCUACAUCUUUUAUCUCUGGACAGGGAUAAUGCUUAUUUAACUGUGCUUAUUUGUCUUGACUUGGGAAGUAAAAUACAUUACCUGUGUACUGACGUACCCAAGUUUUCAUAAGCGACAUAUCCUCUUAAGCAUAAAGCUAAAAUAGUCAAUAUUUUGCAGAUAUACUUCUAUUAAAUCUCAGUGGUGCAUCUGCAAAGCUUGUAAAGCAAGUUAGUUUUUGUGACAAAGUGGACAGGAAAUCCUAGUUAUGAUUUUCCUGAAUUUUAAUUUUUUAGGAAUAUCUGCAAAACUGAAUUCCAGUUAUACUUUUUAUAUGUCAAUAUGAAUUACAUUAUAUAUUAUCUUUUUUCA